GGCCGGAAAUUGUUGAGCAAGCGCUCGUUGAUCCCGUUUGGGAAGAAAAGACCUAACCGUAUAUAAGUACCACCAGUUCGUGACGCCGCCAGGCAAAGUCAUAAUAUCGUCGGUGCGGGCGCCAGCGUGCGCGUGUGUGUAAAAAGGUAGGUGGGGCUGGUUGGUGUGCAGUCUCCAAUCGUCCACCACACAACGGAUAGCAAGGAAAGUCAAUGAUCUGGGCAUAGCUAGCUAUAAAGUUGAGCACUGUCCGCGUUUUUACCUGCGAAAGGUGAAGUGUGCAAGAAAGUGCAAAUCUACUGAGUAAAAGGCCACUGCUGAAAGUAGGGUAAGUAAAUAUUUGUAGAUCAUUUUUCUAGCUCGCCAUAUUUGGGCAGUAGCUACUAUCUCAUGUCACAUGCGUCUAUAGCUAAGUAUGGUCAGCUUAGUACAGGGAUUUAUAUAUGGGUGCAUGUGCUAUCAUGCAUAGUGAGCAUCAAACCGCACUUGGGCAUGCGGAAAGGCCACUAUACUUCUAGGAAAAAUUGCCAUUCAUAGCCCCUGAAUGGCGUCGAAAAUGAUGUUUAUAUUUGUCGGUAUCAAAGGUCAGAGUUGAGCUUGCACAUUUUUAGUCCAACCCUUCGCUUUGACACACUACACCAAUAAGAUAUGAUUUACCUCAGCUUUUAUCGUUCUAGACCAAAAGUAUUGUUACGUAAUGCCCUGAGACAUAAUUAUUAAGAGUGGCUAUAUAAUACCCUGGCAAAGUUUUAGUGCAUUUUUGGUAUAAGGACCCUCUCACAGUCUAAAAAAGGCCUCCUAUGGCAUUAUUCAUGACUGGAAUGUAACAACAGCCACACGCAGUCAAGUCUCUAAACAAAAGCUAGUACACCAUAAUCCUUUUCCAACUCUCCGUCUCCCUAUUUCAGGUGAAAAGAGAACACCACGGCAUGCAGUCAUCCCCACAGUCACCUCUAGACUUGUCCAGCAGCAGUAACACAGGACUAUCUCCUAUACCAAUUCCUCCACAGUCCAACAUCAGUAGCUCCUCCCUAGACUCUGGAAUCUCUAGCUCUGUUUCCAGUCUUGGCACUCAAACCCCACAAAAUCUCUUUCGCGAGCGCUCACAUACCGAGGGAAAUGAAGACAUCUUCCUCUGCUCUCUUCCACUGAGUGCAGACAAUACUCUCACACUGUCUCCUUCAAGAACCGGGGAGACAGAAUCCUGUACUGUUACGCCGCAGCACUCGAGGAAUGAAACCCAGCCUCAGUGUCCAGAAAGUCUCCCCAGCCCAACUCGCUACCAGGCAGUGUUCCCUCAGCCUCUUCCACAGAGGAAACGGGCCACUCUCCACGGCAGGAGCCACAGUUGGAGCAAGAAGGGACCCAAUCUCCCCACUCUACCAGAGUCGCGAUCCCUCGGUCACGAGUUUGAUACUCUGAACAAAGAGGUCGAAGAGACAAUGAGAAAGAUUAGGAGUCAUUCCCUAUCGUCCCUAUCCGGGGAGGAAACACCCUCACCUCAGCAGACACCUCUACAGAGAAGGAAAUCAGAUGCAACGAAAAUGAUGAAGAAAAGAAAGACCCACAAGAGAACUCAUUCUGAUGGUGAUUCACUGUCGUCACUAGCUAGGUUUCUAAGCCUACCUCAGACACCACCGCUUGAAGAGACAAAGAGUGAUGGAGCAAAGACAAAGAAGAAAACUAAGACCCACAAGAGAACGCAUUCGGAAGGCGAUGCGUCCAUCACCAUCAACGUACACAUUCAGAGAGUGUAUUAUGUUCAUCAUCCUCCUUCCAGGACUGAUGGAGAAAAUGACGAAAACACAGAGACACAAGUGAACCAUGGGAGCAUUACGUCAUCAAAUGAAGAUGAUAGUUGGGAGUUUGUUCAAGAGGACCUGACAAGAAGAGAGCUACUGCAGAUAGCCAAUGAGAUCAACCCUGACCGAGGCCACAGUCUUAGCUCAAUCAUUCACCAGAGUACACAUGUAUGGACUGAAAUAAGCCACCUCCACCCUCCCCUAUCUCCCAGAGACAAGAUAUUCUCUGUUCUGGAGAGGUGGUUCGAGAACGUUAGUGAGAGUCCAGAGAACAGGAGGACUCUGGCCAAUGCCUGCAGGAGGGUGGAACAGUUGAGGGUAGCUAGCCGGAUUGCUAGAAAAUCACGAAUAGUUUUCCGCUGUUGUUUUGUAGCGACUUUGCAUGAUGUCGUCACGCCGCUGGCCGGAUACUUCACCACGCAGAAAGGAAACGCGUCUUGCGCGGUGAGUGUAUAUAACUACCACUUGGUACCAAUUGACGCAGGCAGUCGAAGCAACGUCCUGCGCACUGGUUCAGCCAGUUGUUAUCAUGGCCAGUACAGUGCACUAUCGUCCAGAAAUCAAGAUGGUUUGACCGACCACAAAAGAGAGAACAGAGGCACAAAACAUGAUGCAACACCUAGAUAUUCCACAGAAGAAGAACCGCAACCAAAUGAGCUGCGGACAGAUCAGAGUAUCUCAUCGAUGGAAAGUGGGUACGUCAGCAGUGAUCCUAGACGAAGCAAGCUCUCCCUGGACUCAAGAGGAAGUGUUUCCAACAUUUUGGAAGAACCGGGGGAGAUAGAUCAACAGAACCAGCCAAGAAAAAGCAGUGAUGAAGAUGGUAGGAGAGUGACACAAGAGAGUGAUAGCUUCUCAAACACUGCAUGUUACACUGCCGUAGCAGAAAAGCCUCAUUUGGAGACAAAUGUCAGCGACAAACACAUGCAUCCAAACACCCUUUUUCGCAUUGGCCCUGACUCAAGCAACGUCAACACCCGCGGCUCCAUUUCAGAAAGGAGUCCCCCUAAUCAAGCCCCUAAUUCCUCCAGCUCUGACCCAUCCAGCCCAGCUAAUAGCACGACAUCAUCGUCAAGUCUCAUCUCCUCCAGCAUUAGUCCCUGCAGCAGCCGACGAAGCUCCGUUUCCUACUCUUCCAUUAGAAAUUCCCGCCGUUGCUCUCUCUCGCGCUCGUCUUCCAGAAAUUUUCACCCUCGUAAGUCUUCAUUCAAGCACCAAAGAACAUCAGUCACCACCGUGACGAAGUUCUAUCGAGUUACUCCUAAGAAAUACCUGGAAAAAUCCCGUGCAACAUCUGCACUGACCGUUAGUGAGAUCAUGAGCGAUGACGAAGAAAGUAUGACUGCCAGUCUUCGAAGGUUGCAGAUUUCAAUUCCUCACCUCAGGAACCAACAGCAGGAAAAAGGGGACCAAGAGAGCUCGGACAAGACACAUGAAACGCAAACAGGAAAGCAUCAGCACCCAGUCAUAACAAAGACUAGGCAUAAAGAAACUCCAGCCAAGCUGAGCCAAAGCCCACCUCAGCAGUUUGGUUCGUCCACACCAUUACCCAGCUGCUCUCACGAUAUUGACGAAUACACAAAGACAUGGUUUCGGAGAGAAGUGAGAGAGCUAAAGAGAGAGCUGAAGAGAAAGCUGGCAAAAUAUUCCAGAGACUCUAGGAGAAUACACAGAGAUAUGAAAGAGGAUACAGAGCGAGUUUGUACUCAGAAUGUAAAGGAGCCA